AUGGGUUCUUGCAAGAAUUGCAAAUCGAAAAACCUAAAUGUCGACACUGUCACCGGGAAUCUUGAAUGCUCUUCAUGCGGCGUCGUCCAAGAUUUCGACAACUAUGAACAACAAACCUUCAACGCCGACGGAAUAAUCGGCACCAACGUCCGAUUAGGCACUUCUGGAUCCCGGUAUGAUUACUCUUAUCAUGAAACCAAGAUCUACCUAGCUCAAAAAGUCGUCUCAGAUAUAUUAUACAAACUUGAUUUAGAAAAUCGUGCCGAUGAGGUUAACAACAUGAUAAAGAUCAUAACCGAAGAAGAAUACGGUUCAGGAAAUUGGUUCAAUGUCCUCGUCGGCGCCUGUAUAUACGUAGUGAUGCGAAAAGCAAACAAGUGGUUACCUUUAACGAGCGUAUGCGAAACCGUUGGUUGCGAUAACUAUGAGUUAGGUCGAAUGGUAUAUCGCGUUAUCGAUCACCUUGAUUUGAAAUUGCCGGACUUUGAUAUAGUGGGGUUGUUCGAUCGAGUGAUGAAAGAGCUUCUUGGGGGGAAGGGUAACAUCGGGAAGGAUAAAAUUGGAAGAAUGGUGAAACAAGGGAUUUUCUUGAUUCAGUGUAUGAUUAAGUGGUAUGUGACAACAGGGAGGAGACCGGUGCCUGUGGUGGUGGCUGUGAUUGUUUUCGUUUGUCAACUUAAUGAUGUUGUCGAUGUUGAUUUUGAAGAUUUAGCUUCUCAAUUGAAUGUAGUGGUUGCAACCUGCAAAUUAAGGUACAAUGAACUGUUGAAGAAGUUAGUGGAGGUUGCAAGAAUUCGUCUUCCAUGGGGGAAUGAUGUGAAUGUCAAGAACAUCAUGAAGAACGCCCCUAUAGUUAUUCAAUACAUGGAGAUGAAAUCAAUGUCGAAUCCCACAAACAAAACCAAGAAUUUGGAGGAAGUAGGUGCAGAUUUGGAUGGUUUAGUCAACGAUUGUUUGAAUAAAGAUGGACAAUAUUUUGUUCAAGAUUUUGAGUUUGAUGAUAAUAAUAAUAAUAAUAAUGAUAAAUCACGGGGUUCAAUCGAUUGGGAAGUUGAAGAUUUGGAGAAGCUUAACAUUUCACCCGAAUGUUUAUCCACUAUUUACUUGAAAUACUUGAAUGAAUAUUCUGAAAUGAAGUCAUCAAUGGCGACACUAGAGAAUAGGAAUGAAAAAAGAAGUGAAAGAUAUGAUUUUUUAAUGGAUGGGUUAGAGUAUUGGAGUGGGGAUUCUGAAUUAAGCAAGAAGCUUUUUCUUGAUAAGAUAUUGGAAAAAGAUGUUGGUUUAAAUGCUAUGCCUAAAUCUUUCAUUGAUGGAUGUUUGAAAAUACAAAAAAGAAAAAGGAAGAUAAAGGCAGCUAAGAUAAGAAUUGAGAAGAUAAGGCGUCCACCAAUUGAAGAAAAUGGUUUAGAUGAUGAGAGUGGUCAAAGUGGUCAAAGUCAAGAAUUUGUAAAAACUCAAACGAAUUCAAGAAAGAGAAAACGAAAGGUGAAGAAAGUUGAUAUUGAUUGGGAAGAUUUUGUUAUUGAAACAUUGUUGCUUCAUGAAGUGAAGGAAGAGGAAAUAGAGAAAGGGUUUUUGAAGGUGUCCAACUCAUCAACUUGUCCAUGUCAGCAAAGGUAGCUUCCGAUACAUGAGAAAGUGGCAAACCAUUGUAUGAAGUGUUGGAACAUUCGAUCUUUUUCUUCUAUGGAUUGAAUAGUGUGUCGGAAUACAAUGACCAUUUUACCCUUACAUUCUAACCAAAGGGUUUUCACAUAUUUAUGAAUUUUGAAAAUAUUAAUUCAUUAACAUGAGAGGAGUUGGAAGCAAAAAAAGGAGGCAAAUAAGUAAAGGCUGAAUAGAAAUCACAUGGUUUUUUUUUUUUUCUUUUUAAAUUUUUUUAAAAUUUUUUUUAUUUGCCCUAUCAAAUUCUAACUCUGUUUUAAAUUAUCUGUAUAUGAUUUAGGUGUACAUGUAUGUACUUUUACUUUAUUUACAUUUACAUGUAAAUGAAAAGUUUGAUGGAAACGUAGUAUUGAAUUUCAAGAAGAAAAUUUAUUCGAUCCAAGGGAAAAUGACUUAUUUUAUAGCGGGAAAAUGAUUUAGGAGGGUAAUUAUUUUUUCG